GAAUUUGAAUCAUUUUAAUAAUUCAUUUCGAGUUUGGUCAUCCUCAAAUUCAUUAACAAAAUAUCUAUUCAAAACCCAAUAUUUUCUGUAUCCGAUCAUUUUUUGUCAGCUUUUCCAAGAUGCGCGGCGGCGGAAGCGGCGGCGGUGGCGGCCUUUUUGGCCGCCACCAUCUCCGAUCAACUCCCAGGUUGUCACUGGACAGGUUUCUAUGGGACCAUCAGCAACAACUAGAAAACAAGAGAGAAAAUUCGCUAGUUACGGAUCACAAUUUCUACGACGUCUCGUCGUCCUCGUCGUCCGCCGUGUCUUGGCUGGAUUUCCAAGAAUCCGCCUUUACCGAGAGUGCGGCCGUUUCCGAUCUCGGCCUGAGAUCGGGUGGCCUCGCGUUCGACAAGGGGUCCGGGAAGAGAGCGAAAGGUCGAUCUUCUCCCCCGCUGAUCAAGGGCCAGUGGACCGACGAAGAAGACAGGAAUUUGAUCAGAUUAGUGAAGCAAUAUGGAGUGAGAAAAUGGGCUCAAGUGGCUGACAAAAUGGUCGGUCGGGCCGGAAAACAAUGUCGCGAGCGGUGGCAAAACCAUCUUCGUCCCGAUAUUAAGAAAGAUAGUUGGAGUGAAGAAGAGGAGAGGGUGCUGGUUGAAGCACAUGAAGAGCUUGGGAACAAAUGGGCUGAGAUUGCAAAGAGAAUUACCGGAAGGACCGAAAACUCCAUCAAGAAUCACUGGAAUGCCACUAAGAGAAGACAGACUUCCAAGAGGAAGACCACCACCAAGAAGCUGCCGCCGGAGGCCGCUGCUCACGGCGUCCGCGGCGGAUCCUCCUCCUCCACCUCCUCCAAUCCCACCAACAAAUCCACCGUUCUUCAAGACUACAUAAGAACCAAGUACCUCACCCCCAACGACAAAUCCUUUUCCUCCUCCGCCGCCGCUGUCGUCUCGGAGGACCGUCGUCGUCCUCCCCCAAUCCCACUCAACGACCCGUCGCUGUCGAACGAUGACGUUUCGCCCUCGUUCAUGAUCCAUCAAAUGUCGUCUCACGAAGACGACAUCAUCUUCAUGCAGACCCUCUUCGGAGGGAAUCCACUCAGGGACCAUGGCGUGACAGACGACUGUCACGCCAUGUCCUACGACGACAGCGUGAUAGAGGGCUCUCAGGAUCAGGACAUGUCCUACGGCGACUGCCUUCCCUUGGAGGGCGGCGUCGAGGUUUAUCAGGGUUCAGAAUGUGGCCUACCACCGUCAUUGCCAACUGUCACAUUGCCAGUGCCUCCAGAAGGGAACCAUCAUCCGGCGGCCGACAGAUAUAUCUCGUACCUGUUGGACGGUGGAGAUGGAAGCUCGGCGAGGGCAGACCCGUUCGAGGCAAUGAGUCGGGCGGGAUUAUCGUACCCUCCGUACGACUAUUCUCCAUCGCCGUUAUCGGCGUUGACCGGGAAGGGAGGAAAGGGGAGGGAUAUGGAUCUGAUGGAGUUGAUAUUUUGUUCAUCAAGAUCAUCUCAAGGGAGCAAUAAUACCAACGAGGAUUAACUUAAUAGUUCUUCUAUUAGGUCUCGUUUGGAUUAUAUGUUUAUUUAAUUUAGUGUCGUUGUCUUUUCAUUCAACCUGCCUUUGUAUGUCGUCAAUUAAAGACUAUGGACAUUAUUUUAUGUUUUUGGAGUUUUCCCUAUUAGCCAAUUAUAGGCCUGGGCCGGAUUAGAUGUUUUUUUGUUGCUCAAGCCCGAUUUAUCCCAUUAAAAUGGGCUUGUUGUUUAUCUCUUGGCCCGUCCAAAUGACUAUCAGACGGAGCGCGCCGUCACCACUCCGCCGCCAAUCCGCCAUCGCCGACUAUUGCAUUGGAUGCUACUCACAUUUUGAGCAUUCUGGGCAUAUGAGAUGUAAAGCUACUAGUUACCCUUUUU